AUGGCAGAGGAUUUGGUUCAUUCUAGCUUCAGCUUAGAUGAGGCAUUCAGUUUCGUUUUCGAUAAUUCACCUGGUGAACCGGUUACACCAUUUCGGCUUGCCAUAUAUCUUCUUAUACGAGUUUUGGAUACAAAUCAUCGAUUAAAGCCAUUUACACACAAGGAGCACUAUCAGUUAUCAUCAUUGGUAUAUGAGCUUUUAAAUGCAGUUAAUUUAAGCUUUCCGGAAACAAUUGAUAUGAUAAUGGCACCAUUGCAAGAAGUUUCAUUAAAUUUAUUUUUGGAAUUUAUGGCAAAAAUAGAUAGUCAUCGUGGGAAUGUGGAAAUACUUAUCCGUCGUGAUGAAUUGUUUUAUCAACCUCGGAAACUGGAUCGUUUGGGACAGCCAUUCGCUUUGACUAAAAGUCUUAUUGGCAUUUUUGUUCGCAAGUUGGCAGUCACACAAGCUUGUCAAAGUGUCACGCAAAUUCAGCGAUCACAUAAGCAGUGGUUGGAAUGGUUGAAUGAUUCUCGUCCCGCUGCUCGUAGUGAUCUUUUUGGUGGUUAUGCUAAGAACAUAUCUAAAUUGACCGCUUCUGCGUCAUCUGUAUCAGGUGAUACGCAUUUGGCUCCUCUUAUAGAUGAUAUAACGCAUUUGAGAGUUACACCAAUUAAAGACAAAGCUACAAGAAUGAGUGAAGAAUUUUUGAAAGCAUCAAUAUCACCAGCGAAUAGAAAGAAAAAAACAGUCAAAAUUGACGAUGAAGAAAAGCACUGUAGGAGGAGUCUUUUCAAUGUUAAUACAUCACUACCAUCUACAACACUCUAUGAAUUACAGCAACAUCCUGGUGCACAACCACAAUUAACUGAGCUACUUUCUUCAAGUAGAGCUCGAGCUCUUAUCAGUCGACAGUUGCAUGCAUUGCAUGUUUCACCAGAUGAUGCAAUGGAAGAAAAACAGCUCAGGGCUGCAUGUGAUUUCAUCAAGAAGCAUUAUCCUGAUUUACCGCUUGUUCAUUUAGUUGAUAUGAUGAAUGCAAUACGAUCUCAUAAUAUAUUUGAAGCUGGUGAAGCAUUGCAACAGUUCUUUGAUUGGACGGCUAUACGCAUUAAUGAAACGAAUAAUAUAAACCGUUCAAUUACGGCUACCGAUCAACGUCCGUUACGUUAUGCACCUCUAUUGCAUGCACGACUUGCUCGAAUUUUCGGAUAUAAGGAUCAUGCUCGUCAUUUUCUCUCCGAAGCAGUACAUCAAGCGCAAACCAGUCACGAUUUAGUUUGUUUACGGUUAGCUGAAGUUGAACAAGCUGCAAUCGAUGCAGAUGAAGAUUUAAAUCCAUCUGGAGAGAAUGAUUCAACUGAUGAAUCGAAAACUCAUUUUAUUUCGGCUGCACUUCUUGCAUCAAUGUCGAUUGAUAAUGGUGAAACACAGGAAACAACAGAGGAAGAUGAUAAGAUCAAAGCUGAAGAGGCUGAUACACGAGCAUUUAUUAAGCAACUCAAUGAUUGUGCUACAUUACAAAAUUGCAUUAGUCUAGCAAAAUCAGCUAAUGACCCAAAAAGUAUGGUAAAGGGAUUACAAGCAUGUGCUGGUGCUGAUUAUGGUGUUGAUCGAGAAUCUCAAUCACGUCUUGUGAAUGAAGCUGCCCGUGUAAUUUCUGCAACAAUAAAACUUGCAAAUGGUUUCGUCGAUUCAGCUAUUAGCGAUUGCAAUCGUAUCCUCUAUUUUAAUCCAGGUGAUCAGUGGUGUCAACGAUAUGAUACUGAAUCUCAUGUAAUUGCUGCUGUAAAUAUCGCUUAUGCUCAUGCUUUGAACGGACAGUUUGAUGAGGCACGCACAGUGGUGAAGAAGUUGAAGGUGCGAUUUACGGAGAAAAACAACUGGCAGUGUGCCUUUCACUGGAAAUUAUGUGAAUCGUUGAUUGAAUAUGAUCGAGCUUUCUUCUUUGGUGACUGGAUUGCUGCUGAUCAGUGGCUUCUAAUAAUUGAACAAUUAGCUCCUCCAGAAGCCGAUUUGAGGAAAGCCAUUUUGGUUCACUCCAAAGGUGAUCUUCAGGAAGCAAUAAAUAUAGCGAGAAGAAAUGUUGAGAGAGUGAAGAAUUCAAAAGAUUUAAGACUAAAGCUAAGGUGUGAUAUAACAUUAGCAAUGUUAUAUACUUCAAAUAAUUUGGAGCAUGUAGCGCUAUCAAUUUUGGAACAAUGCAAAAACCUUGCACAUAAGCAUUCUCUAGAUACAUUUCAUGCAAUUAUCAUGCGACGGAUUGCUUACAUAGAUGUAAUGGAGGGACGAUUUGAUGAAGCAUUAACGAAAAUUGAAAAUUGUGAAUGGGCUCUUAAAAUCCGAUGUCAGCCUUUGGAAAAUGCAUUUUUACAUAUGACUACUUUCACAGUGUAUGCACAAAAAAGUGGCACGUCAUCAGAUACAGUUUCACAACAACUCAAUGCAUUAGCUGCAGCACGUCGAGAGUUUCGUCGUGCUUCCGCACCACUUCUUGAAAAAGUUGUUCUCGUUACUGCCGCCAAAUUAUUUGAUAGUUGUAAACGAACUGAUGAACGUGAUGAAUGUGCAGCAUUAUUUUGUGAUAUGGAAGAACAGUACCCAGGGAAAAUUGAUUGGACAGUUUUAUGA